AUGCGACCGGCUCUUCUUCGACUCCUGAAGAGGCCGUCCGCCGUCUCGGUUCUCGACUCGCUCACAGCAACCCCGAUUGGAAUCGAGCAUCUGGGACCUCGAUACAUGCGUUUACGGUGCCAAUCGCGAUGCGCCAACCAGGAAUAUACCAUCGAUGAUACACAUGGUGGCUUUGCAAAUCACGUCGAUUCAAGUCCGUCACAAACUGCAGACGAAGGGCGGCCCUUCAGCUUUACAGUCCAUGAAAUCGAGGCACCGAAAGAAAGCCGAGUCUCGCGAUCCUUAAAAGAUCCUGCACUUUCAGAAACGGCACACGUUAUCAAGUCCUUGCAGCUACAGCCGGAAAGGCUUGAAUUUGAAUCCGACGUCGGCCAUACGAAAGACCUAGGCACACGCCUGAUAGACAAUCCCGAGUAUGGGCAUAACUUCGGGCUUUGGGAGGAGCUGUUACGGUUUCGGCAGCGACACUAUGGGGAUAAAGGCACUCAGGAUAUAUGGGAGGGGCUUACAAUGCGACUUAAUGAUGUUCGUCUACCAGUGACUGGUGACCAUGCUGAUUUCCUAUGGCAAAGCUUUGUCGAUAUGGGUUUAAAGCGUCCACUUUUGCUGAAGGAUGUGAUGGAAUAUGCGAUUUAUCUCCAUAAUACUACCGGAAAUUCUUGGCUGCAUCUAUACGAGGGCAUUGUUGGAGGAUUUCUCGCCCAGGGAAAGAACACGCACGCCCACAAGUCACAUCUAACAUUGUUGAAGCACGGACUAGCUGGUCCAAAUGAUGUUGUUCGGGUUCUGCGGCACACUAUCUCAGCAUCAUCUGUUCCAACUGUCAUGACCGAUUUGAACCAGGACGCCCCGUAUCCGUCCUCACAGUCUCGAUUAAAGGGAUUUUUGAAAAUCUGUCGGGGUUCCAAAGGACACCAGAUAUAUGGAUCUGCCAUCGCAACAAUUCUGCAGCAUGGCGUUGGCGAAGAUGCACUGUUCUUGCACAAUUUUCUUGUCGGAGGCGGAGACCAUCCGAAGACCAUUCAAGAUAUUCAGCCCUUGGUGCAGUUCGCAAACAAAUACGGACGUGACGAUGAAAUCGAAAGCCUUCGGGCUUAUGUGAAACAAAGAUUUGAUACUGAGCUCGAUCAGGAGCCAGGUGAUUCAAAAAGAACAAAGGAGGGGAAGCAUUUCAAGGAUGACAUUGCUGCGAGGUUGUUCGCUACUCGAGCUCUCAACUUCGACAUGGUUCUCGGCGGUCUGAAGAUGCUUGGUGUAUCAGCAAUCGGCCCGAGAACAUUACGUGAGCUUGCAAGUCGCGCAAAUGGUAGCCAGGAUGUUCUCGCUAAGCUGAAGAUGCUUCGGCAGGCCGGCAUCUCGAUUGGCGACUCGGUCUUCUCACGGCUGGUUCAGAAGCUGGCACAGCAGAACCGUGGCAUUCUCCUUGCCGACCUACUGCAGAGUGACCAGCACCCCGAUGUUCUGGGUGACACGCGAACACAAGAGUCAUUUUUAGUUUCAUAUUACAUGGCUCGUGACUGGAGCCAAUACAAUAUGUCACUCGCCAUCCUAAAUGAGCUUUGCCCAGACCCGCUAGACCUUCUGGAUAUCCAUUUUCGCAAGCACAUUGCUGCUGGAGAGUUGAGUGCGGCCUCUAAGGUCGUGGAUGAGCUGGCGUUACGCGGCAAGGCAUUAAGCGAGGACAGUAUACGGUUCAUGGCAAGCCAAGUUCUGACCCGUCGUCGACCUGGGCAUCGGCCCCGCCUAUCACCUGGAAAAGCACUUCGCACCGAUCGCGAGGUCAUGUUCAUAUUCCACGUACUACAGCGUGUGGUUCCCCUGGGAGGUUAUGUCCAGCCUGCCUUAUGGGUAGAGCUCCUCAAACGAUUGGGCAUGGAGAAUUACUGGAACGAACUUCGAGAAUGCUGCCUUUGGCUGGUCCAGCAGUAUGGUUCAUCUCCGAGUAAAAAGCCCUGGGAACCCGCACAGUCCUCCAAACUAGCAGGAAGUCCACAAGACGGCCGAAUACUCAAGCUCAUCUUCACCAUUCCCAUGCAACGUGCCAUCGCCUCAUGGGGCUUCAUCUUCCCGGUGACCAGUGAAACCGAGUCUAACGCCAUCUAUGUACACCCCACUACCGGUGAAAAGUUCAUCCCUUGGGUGCGUGGGAUCACCCUCUUGCGGGAGCUGGAGCAAGCUGGCCUUCACCUCCACAAAUAUUACAUUCUUCAGGCGACUCGAACCCGGAUGGCCAUGGUCUUUGGCCGCUACAAUCAUUCGCAGGAGCGCAUGAACCGUAUGCUCCGACGACAGAACCCGUAUUCGCUACACCGGGUGGCGGGGGAGAUUCUUCGAGCAUGGGGGGAUCCAACUUGGUUCCAUGGCAUCGAGCCAUCGCACCUGGAAAGACUGGUGAAUCCCCGACGAACCGCAGGGUCCUAUCGGCGUUCUGCCAGGGUCAUUCUGCCGCGGCGACGAAGUCGAUAA